CCUUACUGUCACGGUAGAUGUAGUUCAUUUUGCUUCCUGUAGAGGCGCUCCCCUCACCCGACGAGCCUCUCAGAAUUUCACCGGAGCCACACACACGUCUCUCUGAACGCCGCCUGUUAAUUUUCUCCGAUAAUGGACGCGGGAUUCUUCCGCGGCACAAGUGCAGAGCAAGACAAUCGGUUCAGCAACAAGCAGAAGAAACUGCUGAAGCAGCUGAAAUUUGCAGAAUGUCUGGACAAGAAGGUGGACAUGACCAAAGUGAACCUGGAAGUCAUCAAACCUUGGAUUACUCAGCGAGUGACAGAGAUUCUUGGAUUCGAGGAUGAUGUCGUCAUAGAGUUCAUAUUUAACCAGCUCGAGGAGAAGCACCCGGAUAGCAAGAUGAUGCAGAUCAACCUGACAGGCUUCCUGAAUGGGAGGAAUGCCCGGGAGUUCAUGAAGGACUUGUGGCCCCUGCUGCUGAGUGCCCAGGAUAACAUUGCUGGCAUCCCAUCUGCUUUUCUGGAACAGAAGAAAGAGGAAAUUAAACAGAGACAGAUUGAACAGGAGAAGCUAGCUUCUCUGAAAAAAGUUGAUGAGGAUAAGAAGGAAAAGGACAAGGACAUCAGAGAAAGGGCUCAGUCAAAGAGCCCAAGGAGGCGGAAGACAAGGUCACCAUCACCACGGCGGAGGUCGCCAGUGAAGCGGGAAAGGAAACGCAGUGCCUCCCGAUCCCCUAGACGCAAACCCAGUCCAGCUGGUGGCAAUUCACCCCCACCACCCUUGAUGCAGUUGCCCACGAAACCAUUGGAGCCACUUGUAGAGCCUGAGAUAUCUGGAAGAGCCAUGCCAGAACCAGUCAUCCAAGAAACACCUUCCACCUGUGAAACAGUUGUGGAGGUAGUGAAGGCAGACUCCGUGAUUGAAGUCAAAGAACCUUCACCAGAGAAGAUUCAGAAGAAAGAGGAAAGGCCUAGGUCUCGGGAAAGGGAAAAGGACAACAGGAGGGAAAGACCUCACCACCGCUCACGUUCUCAUUCCCGCUCUCGCAGACGACGCUCUCGUUCCAGAUCUUACUCCCCUCGUAGAAGACAGAGUCCAAGGAGGAGAAUGUCUCCUCGACGAAGGAGCCCCCCGAGACGUGGCCCUGUCAGCUCCAGACACAGGCAUAGACGCUCCCCAGUCCGCAGGAGGCGCUCUCGCUCUGCUUCAUCAUCUGGCAGCAGCUCCUCCGGAUCUCGUUCACCUAAAAAAGCUAUGAAAAGAAUAUCAAACACACCACCACGAAAACAAGCCCAUCAUCCUGACACCUCCAUCAGCCCUGCAGGGAAGGACAGAAGAUCACCAUCUCCACGGGGCAGAAGAGGCCGAGGCUCUGCGUCACCAACUAGAUCACUGGGUUUAAAGCGAAAACCAGGAGGAAGGAGCGACUCUCCAUCAGAUAAUGCCAAGCCCAGACCUUCUGAAGGGUCUGACUCAGAGGAGGAUAAAAAUGAGAAAGGGGCAACAGCAGAUUCGGUGCAGCAGCGGCGUCAGUAUCGCAGGCAGAACCGACAGUCAUCUUCAGAUACUGGGUCUUCCUCCUCAGAAGACGAGGGGCCCAAGAGGCCGAAUGCAGGACCAGGUGCCAGAAAUGGUGAGGUCAGGAGGAGACGAAGUCGUACCCCCUCCCUACGGAGGCGACACAGGGAUAUCUCUCCAAGAAAAAGACGCUCUCCAUCUCCUGGACGCAGACGUCGCACCCCUUCUCCACCACGUCGUCGCAGAUCUCCCUCGCCUCCUAGACGAAGGUCUCCUUCUCCACCUCCCCGUCGUCGUUCUCCAUCCCCCAGACGAUAUUCUCCCCCUAUCCAGCGUCGCUACAGCCCCUCACCUUUGCCGCCACAGAAGAGGAGGAUGUCAAGCUCUCCUGCCAAACGCUCCUCUCCAGGGGCCAAGCGACGUCCCUCUAGAUCCCCAAAGCGCAGAAGUUCUCCCGCUCAAAGGAGACGCACACCUCCAACCUCCUCAUCUCCACCCAGACACAGGAGGAGCCCCAUGUUGCCUUCUGUCAGGCCAAGCAGGGAUACACGAUCCCCCAACGGAGCAGCCAGCCGCCUCUCCCCAUCACCUGCAAACCGCAGUCGCAAUGUCAGGGGUUCCACUAGUCCUCAGGGACGUUUUGAGACCUCCAAUUCAUCUCCAUCUAACCAGCGGAGACAACAGUCCCCUUCACACAGUGGUAAACCCAUCCGCAGAGUGUCCCGCACUCCAGAGCCACGCAAUAACCAGAGACCGUCUCCCAGUCCUCAGCCUCUGAGGAGAGCAUCCUCAAGAUCCAGAUCAGUUUCCCCUCGACCAGCAGCUCAGAAACGUCCAGCCCCUGCAUCUGCCUCCCCAUCACCGUCCCGCUCAGCCAGUGGGUCUCCACCCCCUGCUAAAAAGGCCAGCAGUGGUUCUGGCAGUCAGUCUCCAAGCAAGAAUUCUGAUGUUGAUGGCAGUGGAAAGAAAAAGAAGAAGAAGAAGGAAAAGAAACACAAGAAGGAGAAGAAACACAAGAAGCACAAGAAGCAUAAGAAGGAGAAGAGUGUUCCCACUGUGACUGGAGAGGGACAAGAAAACCCGGGCAUGGAGGAGGAUGGAGAGUCAAGAAAGGAAUCAGACAGUGAAGUAGAGGACAGCUUGGACGACCUGGAGAAGCACCUACGGGAGAAGGCGCUGCGCUCCAUGAGGAAGGCCCAGAUGUCUCCAUCACAGAUGUCCUGAAAGCAAGAGAGCCUUUGUCACUUUUGAAUUUUCCACUCACUUUUGAUGUAUGUCAUCAACCUGGUUCAGCUUUAGAAUGUACAAAUUGUUAAAUCUUUGUCUUUGUUUUCUUUUUACUGGUUUGGUACAUUCUGAAGAGUGUGUUUGACUAAAAACUUGAUUUGUCAGUUAGUGUAUUAUCUAAACUGUAAAAACGCUUAUGUUGUCCUUGAUUUUAAAAUGUCGAGCAGGGGAACAUUUAAAGAGCUUUCAGAUGUUUGAAAUAGGCAGGUUUGAAAUAUUUCCCACAGGCUUCAAUAGAUUCCACGGAGAAAUGAUUGCAUGUGCAGUGAUUGUCUCUAAUGUGCAUGAACCACUUAUGGAGUGUAGAGAAAAACCAAUAGACAGUAACAUACUGUUACCAAUGCCUUUCACUAGUGGAAACAGUUGCAUAGCUGUGUGAACUAUCAGAGGCUGUAACAGAAUGUCUUGUCCCUUAUUGUAAGCGAAUAGAGGUCUUUGGCACUGUUACCUGGCUGUUUCUGACUCUGACUUGGUCUCGUUUCAAGACUAAUCUGAUGUGAUACAGUUUGCUUUAAUUUUUCCAAAUGGAUUGAUAUGCAAUUUUAUGUUGAAACCCUUGCACCAAGCUAAACUCUGUGGGACUGCUAUUUGAUUUGUAUUUAGUACCCCUGGCUCUUGUCAUACUGUCAUCCUUUCGGAAAUAAAACCUUUUUAUAGGAUGUGUGCAUUC